AGAGAGAGUGAGGGAGUCGGGUAGAAGUUGAACUUUUGACUCGGAGGAAUCAAGUGAAGUAAUGAAGGCGGGGAGUGCGGCGAAGUUGAUCGUCGAUUCGCUGCUGCAGCGUUUCCUUCCGCUUGCACGGCGUCGAAUCGAAACUGCUCAAGCUCAGGAUGGACAGUACCUUCGACCAUCUGAUCCAGCCUAUGAGCAAGUAUUGGAUUCCUUAGCCAUGGUAGCACGUCAUACCCCUGUACCUCUUUUGGAAGCUCUUUUAAAAUGGAGAGAAAGUGAAUCACCAAAAGGUGCAAAUGAUGCAUCUACGUUCCAAAGAAAGCUUGCAGUGGAAUGUAUAUUUUGCUCAGCGUGUAUCCGUUUUGUGGAAUGCUGCCCACAAGAAGGACUUACAGAGAAGCUUUGGACCGGUCUUGAAAACUUUGUUUUUGACUGGCUAAUUAAUGCUGACAGGGUUGUUAGUCAGGUUGAAUAUCCUUCCUUGGUUGAUUUGCGGGGGCUUCUUCUAGAUCUAGUUGCACAGCUCUUAGGUGCUUUAUCGCGAAUCAGGUUUAGUUCUGUGACCGAACACUUCUUCAUGGAACUCAAUACUCGUCGGAUUGAUACAAGUGUUGCCCGAGGCGAAACGCUUAGCAUCAUUAAUGGGAUGCGCUACCUAAAACUUGGGGUUAAGACAGAGGGUGCUCUGAAUGCAUCAGCCUCCUUUGUGGCAAAAGCAAACCCUCUUAACCGUGCUCCUCAUAAACGAAAAAGUGAACUUUACCAUGCGCUUUGCAAUAUGCUUUCAAAUAUCCUAGCACCGCUUGCAGAUUGUGGAAAAGGGCAGUGGCCUCCUUCUGGUGUAGAACCUGCACUUACCCUUUGGUAUGAAGCCGUGGCACAGAUAAGAUUGCAGCUUAUGCAAUGGAUGGACAAACAGAGCAAAUAUAUAGCUGUUGGUUACCCUUUGGUGACUCUCCUUCUCUGCCUUGGUGAUCCUAAUUUUUUCCUUGGUAACUUUGGCCCUCACAGGGAACAACUGUACAAACAUCUUAGGGAUAAAAACCACCGCUUCAUGGCCUUAGAUUGUCUUCAUCGCAUUUUGAGGUUUUACUUGAGUGUUCAUGGGUAUUCUCAGCCUCCAGAUCGUGUAUGGGACUGUCUAGACAGUGUAACCUUACAGCUCCUAACAAUUCUGAGGAAAGGAAUGCUUACACAGGAUGUCCAACAUGAUAAACUUGUUGAGUUUGGUGUAACAAUAGCUGAACAUAACCUUGAUUUUGCCGUGAACCACAUGAUAUUGGAAUUGCUGAAGCAAGAUAGUCCGAGUGAAGCAAAGGUUAUUGGUCUUCGUGCUUUACUUGCCAUUGUUAUGUCUCCUACAAGCCAGCAUGUUGGUUUGGAAAUUCUUCAUGUUCAUGGUAUCGGCCACUACAUACCAAAAGUGAAGGCAGCGAUCGAGUCUAUCUUGAGGUCUUGCCACAGAACCUAUAGUCAGGCUCUUCUUACUUCUUCAAGGACCACAAUAGAUGCUGUAACAAAGGAAAAGUCUCAAGGAUACCUUUUCCGGUCGGUGCUGAAGUGCAUACCGUACUUAAUUGAGGAAGUUGGUAGAAGUGAUAAGAUCUCUGAAAUUAUUCCUCAACAUGGCAUAAGUAUUGAUCCCGGUGUUCGUGAGGAAGCAGUACAGGUACUGAACCGGAUCGUGAGAUACCUUCCCCAUCGGUGCUUUGCAGUUAUGAGAGGGAUGGCCAACUUCAUCCUACGGCUUCCUGAUGAGUUCCCUCUUCUCAUCCAAACUUCAUUGGGACGUCUGUUGGAGCUUAUGCGUUUCUGGAGAACUUGUCUAUCUGAUGAUAAGAUAAAACAGGAUGCCCUAGACGGAAAGCAUGUGCAGAGGAAUGAGGGAUUUAAGAAGUCUUCCUUUCAUCUGUCUGGGGAAGCAAUAGAUUUUCGUGCUUCAGAAAUAGAUGCAGUUGGUCUUAUCUUUCUUAGUUCUGUGGAUAGUCAGAUCAGACAUACAGCAUUGGAGCUGCUGCGCUGUGUUCGUGCUUUAAGGAAUGAUUUACGAGAGCUUUCAAUGCAUGGCAGAUCAGAUCAUAUUUUGAAAAAUGAAGCUGAGCCAAUAUAUAUAAUUGAUGUUUUAGAAGAGAAUGGGGAUGACAUUGUUCAGAGCUGCUACUGGGAUUCUGGGCGUCCAUUUGAUUUAAGACGGGAAUCUGAUGCAGUACCUCCAGAUGUAACACUUCAAUCUAUACUAUUUGAGAGUCCUGAUAAGAGCAGAUGGGCUCGAUGUCUCAGUGAGCUUGUUAAAUAUGCUGCAGAGCUCUGCCCAAGCUCUGUUCAGGAAGCAAAGUUAGAGGUUAUUCAUCGUCUUGCUUAUAUCACACCUGCCGAGUUGGGUGGGAAGGCUCACCAAUCACAGGAUGCAGAUAGCAAAUUAGAUCAGUGGCUCCUGUAUGCUAUGUUUGCAUGCUCAUGUUCACCAGACAGUAGGGAAGUUGGUGGCUCAGCAGCAACCAGGGAACUUUUCCAUCUUAUUUUUCCAUCAUUAAAAUCAGGUUCUGAAGCUCACGUGCAUGCAGCUACUAUGGCUCUCGGCCACUCAAAUCUAGAAGUAUGUGAAAUCAUGUUUGGUGAGCUUGCAUCUUUCAUUGACGACAUUUCUUUUGAAACAGAGGGAAAACCCAAGUGGAAGAGCCAAAAGUCCCGUCGUGAAGAACUCCGCAUCUACGUUGCCAAUAUAUACCGUAAUAUUGCAGAGAAUAUCUGGCCAGGCAUGCUUAGCCGUAAGCCCGUUUUUCGUCUUCAUUACUUAAAGUUCAUUGAAGAAACAGCCAGACAAAUCUUAACAGCACCGGCUGAGAGCUUCACAGAAAUGAAACCUCUCCGUUAUGCACUUGCUUCUGUUCUAAGAACAUUGCCCCCUGAAUUUGUUGAUUCAAAAUCAGAGAAAUUCGAUAUCAAAACUAGAAAGCGAUUGUUUGAUCUUCUUCUAUCAUGGUGUGAUGACACAGGGAGUACAUGGAGUCAGGAUGGCGUUAGUGAUUACCACCGUGAAGUCGAACGUUACAAGUCUACUCAGCACACUCGGUCAAAAGAUUCUAUAGACAAAUUUUCAUUUAAUAAAGAAGUGAGUGAACAAGUUGAGGCUAUCCAGUGGGCCUCCAUGAAUGCUAUGGCUUCAUUAUUAUAUGGGCCUUGCUUCGAUGACAAUGCAAGAAAAAUGAGUGGCCGGUUAAUAUCGUGGAUUAAUAGUUUGUUUAUCGAGCCUGCACAUAGGGCUCCAUUUGGUUAUUCACCAGCUGAUUCAAGAACCCCAUCUUACUCCAAAUAUAUGGGAGAAGGUGGGCGAGGAGCAACUGGACGCGAGAGGCAUAGGGGUGGCCACCUGCGUGUCUCCCUUGCAAAAUUGGCUUUGAAGAAUCUUCUUCUUACGAAUUUGGACUUGUUUCCUGCUUGCAUUGAUCAGGUAAUAUGCACCCCUUCUAUAAUAUAG